GAAAAGAGAGUCCAGCUGGAGUCAUCUGUCGCCGAGCCCGAAGAGCACAGCCCGCAGCCGUCACCGUCAAGUCUCCGUCAGCCCGCAUCGAUCCCGAUUACCGGCCGAUCAAUAAUAGAUUAAUCCCAGACCCAGAGAUGCUCCAAAUUCACACCCAUCCCCUCCCCAAAAUUCCCUCCGAUGGGCUCGUCGCCGAUGCUGCGACGACGACCCGUCACUUUGCGUUACGACGUGCGAUUCAGAGUAUUAGCGAUUCUUAGCGAUUCAAAGCGAUCGUACAAAUUCAUCUAUAAGACGAAUUGUGAAACGUAUUGUGUGCGUGAGGAAGGUGCAGCACCGAUCGAAGAUGAAGUACAAAUCGUAACUCCAGAGGCGGUAGAAGAUGAGGUGGCAGAGCAGUCAUAUAUGGGACAGGAUACAGAGAUGCUUGAGGGAGAACCUGGCCCCAGUACGAGCACCCCAUUGCGCCCAACAAGAACGGUUGCCGCGAAAAGGCGGCAUACCGAGAAAGAGGACCAUUUGGAGAGGGCAUUUUUUCAUCAAAUUCUGGAGAUCGCGUCAGAUCCACCACCUGAGGAGUCCCAACAUUUCGCAAAUUUUGUUGCAGCGAAAAUGAGAAAUCUCAACAAUUCUAAAAGGGUGCAUGUUCAAGCAAGGAUAAUGCAAUUAUCUGUCGAAAUUGAAGCUAGAUGUACAGAUAAUAUAUAA